AUGGCCCUGAGUGUUUACUUCCCUGCGAUGCACAUGAUGGAGAGGAGCAUCUGGCCAGGCUGGCCGAUCUGGAACCCCCGCGGUGAAAGUCUCUUCCAGCAGCUGCAGCGAGACAUGAGGAGCGAGAUCGAGAGGAUGGAGAGAAUCUUCCGUGGAGUCGAUCAACUCAGCAGCCACACGCGGGCCCCGGGCAGCCUCAGAGACGCACUGCUGCAGCAGCCGGCCGUGAGCAGUGGGUUCCAGAUUGAAUCCCCACGGCAGCAGGCAGACGGGUUUGUCGUGUCCCUGGACGUGCAGGACUUCUCCACAAAGGACCUGGCCGUGAAGGUGUCUGGAGACAAGCUGGUGGUGGCCGGACGGCGCGAGGUGAAGAGCGGAGAAGUCAGCAGUGGCAGCUACAGCCACAGCUGCCAGGAGUUCCACAGGGAGACGCAGCUGCCCAGGGACGUGGACCCGCAGAGCGUGAGCUGCUGCUUGACUGAAGACGGGAAGCUGAAGUUCAAGGCUCAGCGCCGCGCCCUCCCUGCAGCGGCCGAGAGGGUGGUGGUCAUUGAGCAGCCAGCGACAGCGACUCCUGGCACGGCCUCAUCCCCAGUCGCCCAUCUUCCCAUCUACGCUGCCACCCUUGCAUAG